UGUAUUCUGAAGAAUGUAAACAGUAACGUUAGCUAACAGUUUUCUAGCCACUCCACCAUGUCGCACAUACCGCCGGUAACUACUUGUAGCUUUCUUGGUUGUUCCAAAGCCAGGACUGAUACUUUACACAGUCUUCCUAAAGACCCUGAAAUCAGAAGACAGUGGGUGCAGUUUCUUUUUACUUCGAAUCCAGAUGUUCAUAUCGGUACUACAACACGAAUUUGCAGCGCGCAUUUCAACAGGGAUUCAUUUCUAAAUUGGGGGCCGAAGUCAAUGGGGUAUGCCAAACUAUUUGUUCUGAAACCGGACGCCAUCCCAACAAUUUUUCCGAUUCAUGAAGUAUCGGUGGAACACACGACGUCGGGUGUGACAAAAGAUGAGGGAUGUCAAUAUGAACCACCACCAGCAUGCAACAUUAUGGUACCAUCACCUCCAAGACCCGUUCUGGUACCGUUAAAACACAACGUGUCAACACAGGCUUAUUAUUACAGAGAAAAAAAUAAAAACAAAGCCAUCCAAGUGCAGCCAAUUCAGAAGAAUGUCGGAGUCAAUACUAGGUUUACGGAGGACAUACCACACAGGGAAGUGAACAGUUUAAACUCUGUCACGGUGUACAUGGCGAGGAAGUACGUGGUCUACGAAGACUGCCUCCUUCCGUUGUUCAAGACUUGUCCGGUCUGUCGCGGCUCCUGCAGCAUCGACAAGUCCAUCCAUGACACCCUGCUCACCAUCAACCGGUUCUGCAACCACUGUGACCACCGGAGCCAAUGGAAGAGUCAGCCCUUUAACCUCCCAGCUGGAUACCUGACCUCCUCAGCAGCCAAAGUAUCAACUGGCACAACUGAUACUCCCACUGGCAUGUCAACUGGUACAUCCACUGAUGCUCAGACUGGCACCUCAACUGGCCCAACUGGUACCUUCAAUGCUCAGACCCUGAAGACUGUGGAGGAAAGUGGUCUGUUGGAGAGUAAAGAUGGUGAUAUCUGCAACAAAGGUCUAGAGGACAUUCAAACCCUGGUGUUUGAGACGACUCUUUGUUUGGAUGACGAAGUUCACGACGACAAAUCCAUUAAGAAGAAACGUCAGUCAUUAGAGGAGGAGGAACAACAAGAGGUGGGGGAGGAAGAAAUGAAGGAGGAGGAGACUAGUGAGGAGGAGGAGGAGGAGAGCUCUGAUAGGGAGUGGGAACCUGAGGUGGAGUUAGGUGAACCUCUAGCCUCAGAUUCCGAAGGGGAGUCCCCGGCACUCUGCCCGGAUUGCGGCACGUUCACCAAAGGCUCCAAGGCACACGUCUGCGAGCACGUGAAGCCGUUCGUCUGCCAGGACUGUGGCAAGCGGUUCGUUAACGAGGUCUCUCUCAACAUUCACAGAAGAAUCCACAAGCCAGGCUACGUGCACGAGUGCAAGUACUGCCUCAAGCCGCUCCAAAGCAGGCCGGAGAAGCUGAGGCACGAGGAGAGCCACCCGCAUGUGGAAAAGCCCUACGAAUGCCCCGACUGCCCCAAAAGAUUUAGUGACAUUAAAGCCAGAGACAGCCACAUUCAAGGCCACAGAGGGCCCACACAACACAUUUGCAACAUCUGUAAAAUGGAGUUCAACAAAAAACACAUCCUGGAAAGACACAUGCUAGUCCACAGCGGGGACAAGUCCUACACAUGCCCCGAGUGCCAGCGCUCCUUCAACCAAGCGAGCCAUCUCAAGUCCCACAUGCGCCUCCACACGGGCGAGCGGCCCUACAAGUGCCAGCAAUGUGACAAGUCCUUCAACCACAACGUGAGUCUGAAAAGCCACAUCCAGCGCUACCACCCAGGCCUUGGCUACGGGACCAAGGAGAAGGAAGAGGGACAGGAGCCCAUCUCAAACUCAGUGACUCAGACUGAACAACAGGUAAUGAUAGAGGAGAGUCGAAAGCCAAACGCAGAGACUGGGCAGAAGAGAGUGAAGAGGGCACUCAGGGCAGGGAGGAAGAGGAAACGACAGACCUUUGACCCUGAGGAGUUUGUGGAGAGUAAGAACAACAGUGACUCAGAAUUCAACCCAGAAGAGGAGGAGAGCGGGAGCAACAGUGACUCUGACUUCAACCCAGAAGAGGAGGAGAGCGGGAGCAAAAGGAGGACUACAGGUAGACCAAUAGGCAGACCGAAAGGGAGACCAGGGACCACCAGAAAGAUGCAUGCAAGAACUGUUGGUAAAGAGCUUGAUGGAUUGAACCUGAAUAAACACAAAUCUGCAAAACAGUGGGAGCUGGAGAAAGAGAGGCAGAGCGACCCAGUGGAGGAGAGAGGGAGCAAAAGGAAAGCCACAAGCAGCGGAAGAGGAAGGGGGAGAGGCAGGGGAAGACCAAAAACCAUUAGAGAGAUGCAUGAGGGAACUGCUUGCGAAGAGCUUGAUGGUUCUAACCUGAAUGAACAAGUACCAUCAAUAGAGACUGGUCUUUCUGAACUUUUAGAGAGUUGUAGGCCAAUUCAAAAUGUAUAUGAGGCUUUUGAACCGAUGCCAAAUUAACUGCUAGUUACUGAAGAGUUGGCCAGUGUUUUCUGUUUUUCUUUCUCGGUUUUCUAUAUUUUGUAUACAUUGAAGAAGAAAAAUGCUGUUAUGAAGGGACACAAAUGUCCCCAAGGUUCAAGAUUCCACAAGGAAACUACUGUGCCUCCCAAAUGGUACCCUAUUCCCUGUAUAAUGCACUACUUUGCAUUGCAGAGUUACAUUGAGCCCUGGCCAUACGCCUGCCACCUGAUUCCUAAUGUUCAACAUUUGUGUUCUAACAAACUUGACGUCUAGAUUAUCAGUUAUGAUCAUUUAAGAAAAUAGUUCAAUAACAAUAACUACUACUGCAGACAAUGGAAAGUGCCUCCUAUACUUAGUCUUUGAUAAAAGGUUAUCUUGGAUUGCAAUUGAUAUAUUUUUCUGACAAGAUUGUAAUAAACUUUUCAAUAUA